AUGGCAUCUAAAAUAAAAAAGACAAAAGAACCAGCGGCAUUACCGAUUGUAACAGAUCCAGAAAUGGCUGAACGCUUUGAAUGUGAAAUUGCUUGGUGUAUUGGACAACUUGAAUGCAUGAUGAAAUCAUCGUCAACUAAAGAUAAAGAUCCUCCUCGAUCUGCUUUACAAGUAUUGACAAAUCCUAAAACACCUUUCAUUCGUAAACGACAAAUGAUGCAACAAUUAUUUGGUAAUUAUCGUCAAAAGAUGCAAGAUGAAGAGAUAGCUAGACAAAAACGUCAUAAUCAAGUACAAACAAAAAUAAACAGUGAAAUUCCAUUAGCUUCACGUUUUGUUCGUCGUACUCAACAUGAUAAUGCUUCCGUAACAACAAAAGACAAUACAUUUUCAUUUAAUUUUGAUAUUCCAUCAUCGGAUAUGGAUAAAAAUUAA